AUGGUCAUGUGUUUGGCCGAGGCCCGAGUCUUAUCCCCCGACCCCAGCCUCGACCACCUUCUUGUCCGCAACGCCCACCGUCUCCUGCUCUUCAAGAAAGAAACUCCUCCAAACACCAACGAGGAGAACAUGGCGACAAGAGCUAUGAUCAACAAAGCCAUGGGAGAAGCCAAGUCCAUGGCCAAGAAUGUAACAGAAUUGAAAUAUAGUGAAGAAGAAGAAGAAGAACAAGGGAAAAGAUUCAAGUCUGGGUUGGAGGAAGUCAUCAAAGUUGGUAGAGAAGAUAUGAUGACAAACAUUUUCAGCAUCAAAGGGAAGUUAAUGAGAGCGGAACUGUGUGCUUUGGUGGCCAAAUAUUCAAUGAAAGAUGUGGGCGAGAUUGUGCUGAGAAUGCAAGGGUUGGUGUACGUGACGGUGAGCUACGUGGCGUCGCAUGAGAUGGCUGGUGCAGUGACCUCUACCAUGCAUUUGUUGGGGUUUGGGACCGCGCAUGGAGCGUGCGUUUGGGUGUUGCUCGUGUGGAGGCGAGUGGUACCGAUGGCGCUGCCGAGACAGCAGUUGGGGCUGGUGCAAGCCAAGGUUUAUCCGGUGUAUUUCAAGCUGGUGGCGUUUGGUGUUGGGCUUGCCUUCUUGUCACGUUACUCUGAAAUGGAUCUAAAUCUAUUGAAGGAGAAGUUACCAGGAUAUAACUUGGUUGCUGUGCUUCUGUUGGUCCUUGCCAACAUGCUCUUCCUUGAACCUAGAGUCACUAAGUUGGUGAUGAAGAAGAUGAAGGUGGAGAAAGAGGAAGGGAGAGGAGGAGAGAAUCCAGAGACUGAGUUGGAGAAGCCAGUGGUGACUGGGGCUACUUCCAUUAAGGGUGCUUGCUGUGAGUUAGUGCCUCCAGUUGAGGAAAAGGAUAUGAGGAGUAAGGUGGACGAGCUGGACAAUGAGCUGAAGAGACUCAAUAAACUUUCUGCGUUUCUUAAUAUACUUACUCUCAUAGGUCUCACCUUGCACCUGGUGCAUUUGGCUCACCGCUUGCAGGCUUGCAAAUGCCCCUGA